CAUGGUAUUUGCGUCGCUAUGUCGGCGGCUGGGUUUUAAAGACUCUGCGGGUUUUGGUGUUUCAGUGAGCGCGACCCCCCGCGGCCCGGACCCAUGGAGACCCCCAGAGACCCGGUGGAGCGUCUGUCCAGGAAGCGCCGCGACUCCUUCGGGCUGCUGGACGGUCCGGAGGAGGACCGGAGCAGCUGCAGCACCGAGUCCAGCGGGGGGGGCGGAGCCUCCAGCCCCGAGGACAGCGAGGAGGAGGAGGAGGAGGAGGAGCUGGGGUCCUCGCUGACCCUUAUCAAGACCAACGGGCAGGUGUACACCUACCCCGACGGGAAGAGCGGCAUGGGUCAGUCUGGGGAUGCUUUAGGGGCGGGGCUACAAGGUGAUUGACAGGUCGACACCUGAGACGUAUACGGCGUCUCGACGUCGCUCCUCCUCCGUUUAUAUGUGGUCACUUCCUGUUCGCUGGUUGCAAAAAACCAAGAUGGCGACGGUGAAAUUGCCAAACUGGAGGCUUCAAAACGUCACAAACCAAUCGAAGCAAGUUUAAAACCUCACGAAGAAACGUCAUCUGAAUACAACGUGUUUGAUUAGUGUGUGU